CCCACGGAUCACGGAUCCGCGGCAUACCAUAACCUCGCGGACGUAAGAUCUUGGUGAGCGAAACACUAUAAUCUGUCGCCUGGAGAUGACGUGCUAGAAGGGUAUGUCGGUCAACAUGAUCUCGCAGAUCAUCCGGAACGUUCUCGCGUCAAAUGUCACCGCGUUGUUGAGGCAACCGCUGCGCGAGGCUGUUACGACGGGCCGGCCGUUGAGUCGCGCUAUUCACACCAGCCAGGAACGGCGUAAGAAGGAUGACAAGAAGGACGACAAGCCGUCGGCCCUCGUGCUGCACGCCUUCGCGAACGUUGAAAAGAAGGAGAAGGAGGCCUAUCUGGACAUCCUGCGUCAAUACAAGAGUAACAACGAAAAGAGACGCGGCCACGUGGAGUUCAUUAAGGUAGCUCUAAAGUACAUGGACGAGUUUGGCGUGAACCGGGACCUGGCUGUGUACAAGUCCCUGCUGGACGUGCUACCCAAGGGCAAGUUUAUCCCCCACAACUACUACCAGACAUUGUUCAUGCACUACCCCAAGCAGCAGUUCAUCGCCAUCGAUCUGCUCUGCAAGAUGGAGCACAACUGCGUGAUGCCGGACUUGGAGAUGCAGGAGAUGCUGCUCAACAUCUUCGGGCAGCAGGGGCUGCCGUUGAAGAAGUUCUGGAGGAUGAUGUAUUGGAUGCCCAAGUUCGCCAAUCUGAAUCCCUGGCCCUGUCCCAGACCGGCGCCUAAGGAUCCGCGGGUGCUCGCCAGACUAGCGAUGAGUAAGAUCUCCAGCGUGGAUGUACAGACCAUAAUCACAGACUUCAAGACCAAGGAUGUGGAGGAUGCCAUCGAGGAUACUUGGAUCGUAUCCGCAAUGAGUAGUAUGCAGGAGGAACUGUUGCGAAUGCAGCCUCGUGAUAUCCCGAUUUUUGUUGAAGGACCUUAUACAGUUUGGGUCGCCGAUCAAUGUAUAGAUUAUUUUGUCCUGAAGGGUACAGCUAAAGAAAGAAAGAACGUUCGCGAAAAUCCUGAUGACGUUUCAAAUAUUAGAAUACCUUUCUGGGAUAAGAAAGAAGUAGCUCUUGCACCUACGGUUCAUGAACAAGACGAUGGCACGUACUUUGCAAUGUGCGCUACCGGCACAUCUACAAAAGACUCUUUGCUGUCCUGGAUACGAUGUCUACAACAGAAGAAUCCCAUCUUGACUGUAAUUCCAGUAGUGUUCAAAUUAAUGUCGUCCACAAGGGAACGGUUGUUCAUCGAUUCUGAUGAAAGUGAAAACGAAAUAGUGCGAGUGAAGGAUUAGUGGAAAGGUACAAAUUGUUGUUAAACUAUUAAACACCGAACAGGUGAUGCGCAAUAUUGCUAAUGUAAUAAAUCGACACGCGUGUCUGUAGACAGCUCUUGUUUGUAUAUAAAAAUAUAACGUUUUCAUACGGUUGA